AUGAUGAUGAUGGUUGUGGAUCAAGGUGUGUGUUACGUGCCAGUUUCGGUUCUGGUGCCCGUUGAGUUUGUGCCUACAGGUGGCAUGCCACCUGUGCAGACGACACGCGUGGAGAGCGACCUAAGCGAUCAGGAGGUGCAAAUGCUAUGCAAAUCCGUCGGAAUGAAGAAUAUCGGUCCGUACUGGAUCCGCAAACAAAUCGCCGAAAUUUUGUGGAUGGAGGUACGGGCCAUCAGAACUUUGAUUUGGGGCGAGUUGCAUCUUCAAAACUCCCCGGAUCUUGGAAAAGAGGAGAAAAAGACUGUGACCAUCGCAGUCCGAGAUUGGGUGAUCACAAGCUUGUGGUCCGCAUGGAUCGGGCCAGUGGAGAAAAGACUCCAGGCAGCGAAAAGACAAGAAACCCUGUCAUGGAUCCUUGAAAGGUUGGUUUUCUUCGACAGUGCACGAGAGGUCGCGCAGCCCUGUAUCUCGCGGCUGUUCGGAGGGCUGAGAAAAGCCUUGAAAAAAAAUGUGGAUGGGGAGGUGCCGCAGGUGCAUCCCCGAUUGGAGGCAUAUGUUCAGCAAUUUCUUCAAAUGCAGGAUUAUGCAGCAUUGAAGAAGGCAUUAUUAAUCCAGAGUGUCAUGCGGAUGCGUGGAUCGAGCACUGACAAAGGGAAAAUCCUACAUUUCCUGUGUGACUGGUCCGCAAGGGUUCUAUUGACCCGAGAGCGCGUCAAGUUUCUUUCAAACGGCUUCCACACCGUGAAGGAACGGUUGCAAAGGAAAUGGCCAAAGGUGGCGGUGGGGCGGGUCUGGAAUCAGCUCCAACCCAACAUCGGAACCUAUCAAAGAAGGUUGGAGGAGCUGACCUUCAGACACACAGACAAGAUCGUUAUACGGUGGGGCCUUGAUUGGGCAACCCGCCUACAAGAUGCGGUGAGUGGAAAGGAGAUGGCAGCAUUUGUUGUGACAACGUGCAUUGGCCAAGAAAUCCCUUGGAAAGAACAUGGUCAAGUGGGCGAGCUGGCACACAUACCGGCGCCUCACGAUUUCCCACUGAAGAUCAUCGAGGUGAAUGGUGAACCAACCAGUGAACUAAGUGGCAAUGGUGAAGACGAAGAAUUUUCCGAGGCUGCCACCAGCGACUCUGGUGAGCUGUCGACCGUCGCGCCAGUGAUCGUGCCGGCGCGGAAACGGUGGGCAGAUAUCCGGGAUGAUGAUGAUGACAGUGAGGGAGAGGAACAAUGGUGA